CGAGAGAUCGCUCUUUCUUUCCGGCCGUGUGAACACUGUGCUUGUUCUCUCUCGUGGAGCUAAGGUCGUAUCGACGACUUGCACUAAUUAUUAAGAAUAAUCCGACCUGAAGUGAUAAAAUUUAAACAUUCAAAAUGACCACAGAGACCGAGCUCGCUUGCGUUUAUUCCGCGUUGAUCCUCGUCGACGACGAUAUCGCUGUAACCGGAGAAAAAAUUCAAACAAUUCUGAAAGCGGCAAAUGUUAACGUUGAAUCUUAUUGGCCUGGGCUUUUUGCCAAAGCCCUGGAAGGUGUGAACGUUAAAGAACUGAUCACCAACAUUGGAUCUGGCGUUGGGGCUGCACCUGCAGGAGCUGGUGCUCCGGUUGCUGCAGCACCCGCCAGCACAGAAGCUGCACCGGCUAAAGAAGAGAAAAAGAAGGAAGAACCUGAGGAAGAAUCAGAUGACGACAUGGGCUUUGGUCUAUUCGAUUAAGCUCAAGGAUCGCGCUACGUUGGUCCAUUCCUUUUGUAUGUACAGUUAUAUUGUACAAUAAAUAAAACAUUUUGACAAAGGUA